AUGGCCUCUCCAAUUCGGUCUGGAUCCCAAAGGACCUUCACCCCGCCCAUUGCGACAUCGCCUACAACAGGAUACCCAUUUCCAGAUGUUGUGCAGAGACAACACGGCGGUCCGAGAGGGGACCUUCGGCGCGGCUCAACCACAAGUUCAAUCACUAGCAUAGGCGGCUCUCUCGACACUGGGCCGAUCAACAACAAUACGAUAACGGAGAUCAGUCAGAAUGCCAUCUCAAUACUGCUGCAGCAUCCAAUCGUCCGAACCGGAUUGCAAGCCAGCACCGCCGUCCCAACGUCCGGAUACAAGGUGCCCACACCUCGCGAUAUCCCUCCUGUUGCGCUGACGAAUAUUCCGCAUGUCGAGCCAAAAGCGUUUCAACCGUAUCUCGCCCAAGUUGGUUCAUUGUACGAAGCAUUCCAAAAGGCCAAAAACGAAGGUGAGGGCGAGGGCGAGACGUCGCUGUUUCAUAGAGACAAGAAGGACACGAAAAAUGAAGAGUGGGAAGCUAUUAUGAAUCAGCGGCUGCAGAGGCCUGGCCAUUCUCGGGCAGGAUCUGUGAGCCCGGCGGUGUCGGCGCCGAUCGAACCGCCACAACCGAAGAGGAGACAAAGUGGACAGCGUCGUCAAGCGGUCACACCAUUAUCUACAAUACCGUCGGUUUACUCUGAGGAAGAUUUCCAUUUGGAGAAUCCACGAACGUUCGACAUCGUCUCUGAGCAUUCGGAAAUAGUGCGGGAUCCUAGUGGAGCCCCUAAUGGAAGAAAGUCUCUCGCCACCAAUGCAAUCUUGCAGGAGAAGCUGUCCUGGUACAUGGACACGGUCGAAGUUCACCUGAUCAACUCAAUAUCAACGGCGUCCAAAUCUUUCUUCUCCGCACUUGGCUCUUUGAGAGAAUUGCAUCGUGAGGCUGCCGAUUCCGUGGAUCGCAUACAGAAAUUGCGAAAAGAUCUGGCGAAACUCGACAAGGAAAUGGCGUUAGAUGGUCUCAAAGUGGUCAAUCUCAAACAACGACGGGACAAUGUUCGUCAACUUGCUCAAGCCAUUAUGCAACUGGAAGAUAUUGUCAAAGCCGUGCAAAAUUGUGAAGAGAUGGUAGAGAAAGGUGAAAUCGACGAAGCACUGGAUGAUUUGGAUCAUGUCGAGGCGUUGAUGGCUGGAAGAGACGGCAAGACUUCCAGUCUAAAGGAAAUUCCUCGAUACCAAAAACGAGAUCUGCGAAGAAUCAAGGCGUUGGCGGGCGCCUUUGAUGAUUUGAAUCAACUACGGUAUCGGGCUGGGCGAGGCUAUGAAGCCCGAUUUCACGGUAGCUUGCUCAACGACAUUAGACGACAUGUGGAACAGACCGAGGUUGGCGUGACACUCCAAAGAUGGGGGACCGCAUAUACAAGACCCAAGCCUGGUCAAAGGAGAGCUCCUUCGGCCUUCCCCGGAUAUAUGAAUAUUGGCCCGGAACUUCGUGCCGAACUCGAAGCCGAAAUGAAAGGGCUCUCCAGAGCAAGAUGUACUACACCGGCCGCCACUUCAUUCAGGGCCACUGUCCUCAGAGAAAUGAAGAGUAUGAUCCGAAAACAGUUACCGAGCGCCAAUGAUGACGAUAACGUGUCGACGAUAUCAGCUUCAACAACGGGUGGCAGGCAUAUGAGUCAGCAGGACAAGUCCUCUAUUUUGGCUCGAAAUCUCCGAGCCUUGGAUGCAGAUGACUGGUAUCAAAUGCUGGCCACCAUCUAUACCAACAUCAGCGAAGGGUUACGCAGGCUUAGUGUGCAGGUGAAGAUUCUGCUGGACAUUACGAGCAACUUACCUGAUCAUAUGGUCAAAUCACCACCCAGAAGUCCUGAUCCAGGAAGUGUGGAGAGAGUGAUGAGCCCGCCAACCGGUCGACCGCGAUCAACAAGCUCCGUUCAAGCGGAAAUGCAGCAAGUCUUGGACCUUUCAAGUUUACUGGGUGAGGGAGUUGAUCUCGCACAGGCCCAAAUUACCAAAGUGGUCAAAGUGCGAUCACAACAAAAUGUCGAGCUCCCGCUGUCUGAUUUUCUCAAGUAUUUCACUCUGAAUAAAUUGUUCACCGACGAAUGCGAGGCGAUUUCAGGACGAAGUGGAACAGCGCUGAAAAACGUUGUCGACACUCAAAUCAAAGAUUUUGUGGCUCGUUUUGGAGACUCUCAGAAACAUGAAAUCAUCAGAGUGAUGGACAGCGACAAAUGGGAUGCCAAAGACUUUGGUGAUCGUGAGAAUGAAAUUCUCAGUCGAGUCAUGGAAGGCAGCACCAACGAUGCUCUUCCAUGGAUUGAGAGCACGAUGAUCUGGCAAUCUAUGACCAAUGGCUCCAAAACCAGUAAUCGGACCGCAACAAAUGGCGCCGAUGGAGCAACAGCAAAAGUGCGGAGUGCGGUGAUUGAUGAACAGAAAUACAUUCUACCAGAAUCAGGUCUGGCCAUGCUUCAAUCCAUGGAAACCUUUCAACAUUUGGCCGCCGGAAUUCCCAGUAUGAGUCACGAGGUUGCUAUCUUGUUGCUGGAAAGUUUGAAGUUGUUCAAUUCACGAAGUUCACAACUUAUCCUCGGAGCCGGCGCCACGAGAAGUGCAGGAUUGAAGAACAUCACAACCAAACAUCUUGCGCUUUCAUCACAAGCCCUGAGCUUUAUCAUUGCUCUCAUCCCUUACGUGAGGGAAUUUUUCCGUCGACAUCUUUCUUCCUCCACUGGACCCCCGGUGAUGAACGAGUUUGACAAAGUCAAACGUUUGUUCCAAGAACACCAGAACGGUAUUCAUGAAAAACUAGUCGACAUCAUGUCCGGCCGGGCGUCGAUGCACGUCAAAUCUAUGAAGAACAUAGAUUGGGAAGAAGUGGCAAAGAACAAAGCUGUCCAGGUCUCUCCGUAUAUGGAGACGUUGACAAAAGAGACCGCCACGCUACAGAAAGUAUUGGCCAAGCAUUUACCGGAACCUGUUGUCGCGGGGAUCAUGAUCCCGGUGUUUGCGAGCUACCGAGAACAAUGGACGGCUGCUUAUCAGGAUGUCACGAUCAAGUCGACAGCGGCGAAAGAAAGGCUCCUAGCAGACGCGGAAUGGUUUAAUUCUCGCAUAAGCAAGAUCGACGGUUCAGGCGAUUUGGGUGAACGUAUCGUCAGGGUUGUGCAGGCUAAGACAGUGAUGAAUACUGCUCCAUCUCAGCCAUCUGCUGCUCCAACGACGGGAGAUGAUACUCAGGAAAAGAUGGAGGUAAAUGAAAAGGAUACGGCGAAGGAUGCUGGAGGUCUGGGUAAGGAGGAAGAAGCCAAAACAUAG